AUGGCAGGAAGCAUCGAUGAGAAGGGACCUUCCUCCCUCACGGGGUUCAAGAUCAUGUUCAAGAAGAUGACAGUCCCGUUGUUCUUUGCUUGGAUCAUCACGGCUCUGUUGAACAUCAUGUUUGGAUACGACACAACCAGUUUUGGUGGUGUGCAGUCGAUACCAGCCUUCGAAAGGGAGUUCGGGACUCCAACUGGCGAAGAUGGCGCCUACGUGCUCUCGCCUGCGCGCGCAUCGUACAUGAGCUCUUUGGCUUUUGUGGGCAAGUUUCUUGGAGCAUUGCUUGGUUCUGUGUUCAUCGAGCCACUUGGCCACCGGAUCAGCAUCUGGAUCGUCUGCCUCAUAAGCUUCGUCGGCAUCAUCAUCGAAUGCACAGCGACAACGGUUGCCCAGUUCGUUGUUGGCCGAAUCAUUGUCUACUACAGCGUUGGCUUUGCCGAAAUGUGCGCAACAACAUACCAAAGCGAGAUCGUCCCGGCGAGCAUGAGAGGAGCAGUGGUCGGCUCGAUCCAACUGUUCAAUCAAAUCGGACAGAUCACGGCCGCUGGCGUCAAUCGUCGCUACUCGAGAACGGUUGCACCUGAAGGUUGGAUCGUUCCGGUUGGGGUGCAAGCGAUCUGUCCGGUGAUAGUGGCAGUUGGUAUCUUCUUCAUUCCAGAUGGACCGCGCUGGUUGAUCAGCAAAGGGCGAGAUCAAGAUGCCGUUAAGACUCUGGAAAGAGUGCGGCCAAAGAAGGAUGUGGCCGCCGGACACUGCACUGCGGAAAUUGAAGCCAUCAGAGUUGCUGUGGAGAAUCCAGAGAAAGGUCCUUGGAUGGAUCUGUUCAGAGGCACAAAUCUGAGGAGAACCUCCAUCGCAACAGUUAUCUACAUUUUCCAGCAGUUCACUGGACAGGCCUUCGUCUCCAACUACUCACCACGUUUCUACCAAUCAGUGGGGCUCGGCGAACAUGCAUUCGACUAUAAUAUCGCAUCGGCCACCGUAGGUUGGGUAGGUGUGGCGUGCGGCAUGCCCUUCAUCGAUAUUGCGGGGCGGCGUCUGGUAUUGAUGAUCGGAUGCACUGGGCAAGCAAUAUUCCUCUUCAUCGUGGCCGGAGUUGGCCUGCCUGCGGAGCCCAAUCGCCAUGAAGCCAACAUGCUGGUGGCCAGCGUCAUCUUGUACAACUUCUUCUAUGCCGGGACGAUUGCCAGUAUAUCAUACGUGAUCGGUGCAGAGAUCGGAAGCUACGCCUUGCGAGAGAAGACGCAAGCUUUCGCGCUGUCGAUCAGUAUCAUCGCCGCGUUUGUUACAGCCUUCUCCAUUCCAUACGUGAUUGCAGAGAUCGAUGCCAACAUAGGCUGGGUCUUCGGCGGAUUUGCGACGAUGGCGACAAUCUACACGUACUUUUGUGUACCAGAAACCAAAGGCCGGUCACUCGAAGAAGUGGACGAACUCUUCGAACGUCGUAUCCCUGCUCGCAAGUUUGCUUCCACUCGUACAUCUGGCGCUGGCAGAAGGGUCGCGGAGUUGGAAUCCGACAUUGCCGGGUUGGGGACAAAAAAGGGUGCCUCUACUGGAGUCGAGUACCACGACGACAAGGUCUAG